AUGAAAUCAACUGUUUUACUUGUUGCUAUCUUAUCUCUAUUAAGUUUUGCAACUAUUUACUCUAUUAAAAGUCUAGAUAGAUAAGAAACUGAGUACUCGGAUUUAUAACUCUGUUUAAAACCUAUAGAUCCAGAUAUUGGUAUAGAUGUAGGAACUCUUGUACUUAACAGAUGCCAACAAAAUAUGACUUUUAAUAUAACUUUGGAGACAGGAACAAUAAUUAAAACUAAUUGUCUUGGCUAUCUUGAAACUUAAGCUAUUAGCUAAAUUCCCUCAACUGGAGUUGUUGGAUUUGAAUGGAGACAAACUGCAUGCUGA